AUGUACAGGAUACAUAAUGCAUUUUCCAGGGCAUCCCCAAAGGAAAUAGUUUCUGCAUCCAAAAGUGGUUUUGAAGAGGUGGAAGUUGCAUCUUCUGUUUCUUCGUCUGAAGAUACGCAAGAGCAGCCAACAUCAUCUACCAUGGUACCCAAAGAUGCUGGACAUAGUAUAUUGUCAGCUUUGUUAACGGCAGCUGCAUGCGUUGGUGCACCCACGGGUGCAACAGAUCCAGUACAGCCAAAUCAAGCUAUCAGGGCGGUUACUUAUUCUAGGCAGCCUAGUCCUGUUUCAUCACAGUCUCCUGCCCUGCAUGAUCUUCUUCCUUCACGAACAUCAUCGGCUACCAUGGUGCCCCCAGAUGCUCAUGUAUCCACCAGUGCUCGUACCACUCAACCUUCUAAUCUUACAAAACAAUUACUCUUUCCUCACAUUCCCAUCCCAUUUUCGCAACCAACAACAGCUGAUGCUGCUUUUGCAUCCUCUGCUCCGCCUCCACUUCAUCCUCCUUUUGCCAUUCAGCACCGGCAGAGUACUCCUUUGCACCAGCCCCUUCCAUUAUCCUCUGCUCCUCCACUUCAUCCUCAGCACCUGCAGAGUGCUCGCUUGCUCCAGCUCUUUCCACAAUCCACUGUCCCCCCUCCAAUUCAUCAUCAGCACCAGCAAAGUGAUCCCUUGCUCCAGCCCUUUCGAGAAUCCCCUGCUCCCCCUCCACUUCAUCCUCAGCACCGGCAGACACCCUUGGUCCAGCCCUUUGCACUAUCCUCUGCUCCUCCACUUCGUCCUCAGCACCGGCAGACUGGUCCCUUGGUCCAGCCCUUUGCACUAUCCUCUGCUCCUCCACUUCGUCCUCAGCACCAGCAGAGUGCUCCCUUGCUCCAGCACUUUGCACAACCCGCUGCUCCCCCUCCACUUCAUCCUCAGCACCGGCAGAGCGAUCCCUUGCUCCAGCCCUUUCCACAAUGCAGUGUUCCCCCUCCACCAUAUGGUGCAUUGUUACUUCAGCCAUUGCCACCGCCUAAUCCUUCCCCGCUGCUUGCCCCGUCAGCGUCGCAUGGCCCAAUACUUUCAAGAGACAGAGUCAGGGAUGCGUUGCUGAACCUUGUGCAGAAUGAAGAUUUCAUCGAUAUGUUCUACUGGGAGCUUAUAAAAGGGCAGCGGUAG